AUGACAAGCAGACUAAGCCCAGAAGGAGGAAGUGCAGCAUUUACUCCAUUUGAAAAUGGAGGUGUUCUAAUCUCUACAGCAGAUGAAAUUUCAGGUCACGUGAUCAUUCAAAACAUCGGAUUAGUGUUUGGAAGUACAGUGAGAAGCAGAAACAUUGGAGCCAACAUUGGAGCCAGUUUCAAGAGUAUAAUUGGAGGUGAACUUAAGCCUUUAACUAAGAAUGUGGUCAAUUCGAGGGAUCAGGCAAUUGAAAGGAUGAUUAAGGCAGCUUUGAGCCUUGGAGCCAAUGGAAUAGUGGCAUUCAGGUUCGAUUCUGGCUCUAUAGGCGAAGGCAUGACAGAGAUCUGCUGUUACGGAAGUGCUGUUAAGACCCAACGUAAGGCAUAG